AUGCACUUGUUAACCUUACUGACAUUGCAGAUUUACCUGACUUUGAAGGUAAUCUCUCUCGUGACAUCACCUACACCAGGCCAGGCCGACAUUAUUUCUGUUACCUCUCAUGAAGAGUCAUCUCUUACACGCCAGGGUGCAUGGGCAGAAACAUUUGAAAUUCCCAGCUUUUCCGUGGAUGUGGAAUAUAGACUGCGCCAGGGAAACCUCUUGUUUAUGAGAGAUAAGACAUACUUGAAAGUUCCCAGGGACAUGAAACAUGAAGUGCUUGAAAAGCUUGCUGAGGCUAUGUACAAAUUUAAAGCAUAUCCCCGUGAAGUAGAUUUCAAUGAUGUUGCAUCGGCACUUGUCAAAAAACAUCCAUGCCUUUUUGAACCAGGCUCCUCCACUGGAUGGAACGGAUGGAAAAACAGUAUAAAGUUUAAAAUGGGUAAUUACAGGAGCAAACUACGGAGAGCUGAAUGCACCGAUGUUCUUGUUAAUUCAAUGAAAAGAGGGAGCCAAGAUUCUCCAAGAAAUGUCAAGAAACCCAAACGAUUCGAGAUCAAUUUUCUACCCAAUAUGCCUUCUGGUGAAAGUGAAAGCAGCAUGGAAUCAAAACGAUUAGAAAUUGUGGAGGAGAUGAAGAAACGACAUCCGAGUUCUACACUGAUAGCACAGUACAUGGACACAACCUUUUCGCUAAGAAGAAAAGAGUUGGUUGAAAAGGAGCCUUCAGUAAAAGAGACUUUAGAAAGAUGGCCAGCACUCUUCAGGGAAAGUCAGAUUAUUGCAGAGUUCAACCGGAUCACAAGUAAAAACCUCAAGCAAGAAUUCUUCUCAGCCCUAGAUACACAUACUUCUCGGUUUCUGGAAGUUUUCAAAUCAAAGAAAGGCACAGCUGGAAAAAAGCUCUCGGAGUAUCUAAUGCAAAUGAAGUCUGCAGUAAGGUGUUUUUUUUUUUUAAACAAUAGUGUAAGUCCAUUUGUCAACUUUAAAGUGAUCUGUUUUCACUGUUGA